AUGGGAAGGCAAUGGCACCCCACUCCAAUACUCUUGCCUGGAAAAUUCCACGGGCAGAGGAGCCUGGUGGGUUGCAGUCCAUGGGGUCGUGAAGAGUCAGACACGACUGAGCGACUUCACUUUCACUUUUCUCUUUCACGCAUUGGAGAAGGAAAUGGCAACCCACUUCAGUGUUCUUGCCUGGAGAAUCCCAGGGAUGGAGGAGCCUGGUGGGUUGCCGUCUGUAGGGUCACACAGAGUAGGACACAACUGAAGCGACUCAGCAGCAGCAGCAGCAGCGUGGGUACUUCCUACGACUCUAAAUAUCUUUUAGAUAUUUGCAGGGUACUCAUUCUGUUGACAAAAUUUUGUCUGUAG